AUGGCAGAAGAACAGGCCAACACGCCGAACUGGGCACAAAAGCUCUUGAAACGCCCACUCGUCGAGAUCCGUCGCGGAUUAUCUUUGGGCUAUGACGCCCCAAAGGAGGUGUCAUCUGUCGUCGCGUUGACGGUGCCAUCUGGGAGAUAUGUCGAUAUUCGUUUCCAGCUGAACACUGAAAUUCGUGGCUCUGCCAUCAAAGAUUCCGGGGAGUUUCCAGGUUAUGCCACAGCAGGGAUGUCCUUCACCCACAUGCCGCAGGGUACAGAAUCUUGUGCGGCAUACGAAAGCACGAUACAUGUCCAAUGGGAACAUUCCAUCGAUUCGAGCCGGGCGUUUGAUACCGAUGGAGCUGACAUGUAUCUUUUGUCAAAUGGAGACACGAUGGAGAUAGGAUUCAUGAUGCUGCGAGGAGAGUGGAAAAUGUUUAAGGAAUACUGGUUGGAUGGGUCGCCUGAACCUAAUCCGUCGUAUAUGGCAAUGGAAUUGAUGCCUUCAAGUGGCAACAACAGCGAAAAGGGUAUGGUUAUAAGAAUUGGAAAUUAUUGUCAGGGAAUCUUGCAGAAUGAUUCCGAUCUCUGGGUGGAAAGGUGGCAGACAGACUCAAAUGGCGAAUGGAAAAUUGACGCUAGGAGCACAAAGAGCCAUGAAGCCGUGCUACCUUGCCAAUGGUCAGCAGUAGAAGGGAGGAAAUUAGGAGACUCCAUAGAGUUUGGCGACAGAUCGUGGAAAGUUGUUGAGACUUCAACUAUCCCAUAA